AUGGCUGGCGGCAAGGGAAAGUCUGGCGGAAAGACGUCUGGAGGCAAGGCCACCGCCGAGGCCCCCAAGAAGCAGCAGAGCCACUCUGCCCGCGCUGGGCUGCAGAGACGGCAUGUUAGAUACGGGUGCUGGUCGCGUGCACGAUACUUCGGGAGCUCAGACUCGACGGCGCAAACCCGGAUGGCGCAUCUGGCCAUCAUUCUGGCUGCGCAGCCUGCUGAUCAGAAUAAAAAAUUGCAGUUCCCCUGCGGUCGUGUCAAGCGUUUCUUGAAGGCCAACACGCAAAACAAGAUGCGCGUUGGUGCCAAGGCAGCGGUCUACGUUACGGCCGUCCUCGAAUACCUGACUGCUGAAGUUCUCGAGCUUGCGGGCAACGCCGCCAAGGACCUGAAGGUCAAGCGUAUUACGCCCCGCCAUCUCCAGCUCGCCAUCCGCGGAGACGAGGAGCUCGACACCCUGAUUCGCGCCACCAUCGCUUUCGGUGGUGUUCUGCCACACAUCAACCGCGCGCUUUUGCUCAAGGUUGAGCAGAAGAAGAAGGCCAAGGCCCUCGAGGCCUAA